AGCGAUGCGUCCCAGCUAAUGGAGUAAACACUGCAGAAGUGAAUUUCCCUUUUAGGGCAGGUGCAGUAUGUCUUCAACUCAAAAUGCAGUGAGUUUGCAAGAAUUUCUGACGUAAAGGCUGCCUUGAUCUUGCCAGAAUAUUGAUCUAGAUUUCACUUUCUAAACUGAUAUUUCUAUCGGAUGAGAUCACAUACAGUUUAUAAUGAGUGACCAACUGUCUCCAAACACAUACAGCUUUCCCUCCCAGCACACACUGCUGGUGAUUGGACUGCAGGAGCUGCAGGAGAGCAAGCAGCUCACAGAUGUUACUCUUGUUGUUGAAGAUAAGAAGUUCCCUUGCCACAGGAGUGUGUUAGCUGCAAGCAGCCAGUAUUUCAGGGCCAUGUUCACAGGAGAGACAGUGGAAAAAACCCAGUCCUCUGUCAGCAUCCAUGGAGUGACAGCUGAGGCCAUGGGGAACAUCAUCAACUUCAUCUACACGGCAAAUAUAGAGCUGUGUCCUGAGAACAUCCAGGACUUGUUUGCCACAGCUAACAUGCUGGCUAUGACACACCUGUGUGAAGUGUGUAUAAGAUACAUGCACAACCACAUAGGCCACAGUAACUGUAUUGAGUUGUACCUUCUGGGUCAUCUCCAUGACAGCCUGCUGCUGAAGGACGCCUCCAGGGCCUACAUCCUGGACAACUUCAGUGAACUGGAGCUCAGCAAGAAUGAGGCUUUUGCACAACUUCCUGUAGACUUUAUGGAAGAUUUGCUAAGUAGCGAUGAGCUAAAUAUUGAAAAAGAGGAGCUUGCUUUCAAUGCCCUUCUUCAGUGGGUUAGCUGGGAUGUUGUCAAUAGAGGUCAGCACUUGCUGCAUCUUCUGAAAUGCUUGCGAUUUCCAUUUAUGUCAGGUGAGGUGAUACAGCAGACAGUGCUGCCAUCUGUGAAGGCUGUGACCAGUGAUCCUGAUGUGCUGUGUUAUCUUGCUGUUGUCACUAACACUGGGGAGAGAGACCAGACUGCUGGAGACCACAUUGAGGAGUGCACUAUGGUGCCCCGUGUGGGAAUGUACAAUGCUGAACUUAUUGUGUUUGUUGCAGGCAGUCAGAAAGAGGAGACACGCUCAGUGUGCUGCUUUGAUCCAGUCACCAAGGAGAAUUACUGUGCAAUUCCUCCCAAUGUCAGCUUUGACUUUCGCUAUCGCCUUGACUAUCAUGAGGCAGUAGUGACAUCACAGAAUCAGAUUUUUUGUCUAGGGGGAAUUUUCUUCCCAGAUCACAAAUACACAGGGCCAGCUUUGAACUCAGUGAAACUGUACAAUGCCAGGAAGAUGCAGUGGAUAGACAAGCAGUCCAUGAGAGAACCAAGGUGUGCAUUCGCUGCAGUAGUACACCAGGGCAAGAUCUAUGCCAUAGGUGGAAAACCUGCUUAUCUUGAUGCUGAUCCGCUCUCUAGUGUGGAGAGUUAUGAAAUAGAGGCUGACCACUGGACUAUGGUCUCACCUAUGCCGUUUGCACUGUACCACCAUGCUGCAGUUGUUUGUCAGGAAGUGAUCUAUGUCAUAGGAGGAUUGGAUGCCAGUAGUCGAGUGACUAAUGUGUUUCUAAGCUAUGAUCCUGUCAUGGACUCCUGGACAACUGUUGUCCCACAACCCAAAGUCCCACGUGCUGAGUUUGCAGCUGCAGUAUAUGAGAGACGAAUAUACAUAGCAGGGGGGAGGGCACAGGAACGGGAUUCAACAUUAUCCUCUGUGGAAGUUUAUGAUCCUGUUGAAAAUAGAUGGCGCUUUGGACCUGAGCUCCCAGACGACAGACGGUCACCACUAUUAGUUGUGUUUGAUGGGAAGUUGUACAUGCUAGGUGGGCUGCAAACAUUAUGGAAUCGCCACAGCAGAGCUAGGCAAGAGGUUGAUCGCAAAGACAUGCAUGUGCUUCAUGCAUCCACAAACCAGUGCUCCUCCAGGCAGUGGACUAGGUUUGCAAAGUUUGUACGGUAUGCCAACUCCAAUGCUUGUGUACUGGCAAAGCUGAAUACAAAAAGAAUGGGGAGGAGUGAGUACAUUUGGUCUGAAAGGCCCAAAGAUUCUCUUCUCGAUUUUAAGUAGCACAAGGGGGAGGUUAUGCAGCUCUGUUUACACUGGCAGUUGGUGUGCUAUGAUGCAUAUGUGGAAAACAAGUACUUAGUGUUGAUUUCUGUUACCUGUUGCAGUAAGAAGCCAAGUGAGGAACUUCAGAAAAUGAUUGGUGCUCAACAUAAGAUAAAACCAUUAAUUCCUGCAUAAGCAUAGAUAAUAAUGAAUGUUACAUGUGACAUUAUGCCAGUGAGUAACAUAUAAUUAACAAAAAAGAUAUGAUUAUACAGGAAACUGGUCAGAGAACGGGGUUGCUGUAACACAACUCCAUCUAUCUGUAUGAUAAUUCUUGAGAUUGAAGCCUCGAUAUCUUGACAGUGUCUCCUGUGGUCCUACUAUGACAGCAUGCACAGCUUAACUUGUAAUCAACUAAAGGUUUUUUGUUGCUUGUUUUUAAGUGUACUUUUACACAAAAUGCUUUAUAUAUGAAACACCUGUAUUUUGGGUCCUGGUUUGAAAUUAAAGUAGCUUUAUAUUAUUGCAUAAUUUUGGUGGUGCUUUAGUAUACAGUAGAUUAAUAUUAGCUGUUCAUAAUUUUUGUAGAAUACUCUUUUUAACAUAUUUAAAAUUACUUUUUUCAUAUUGAUGAUUAUGUGAGAAAAGAUGCGACUCAUUUAUGUAAUAAGUGUAAUAAAGCAAGUUUUGCAUCUGA